AUGGCGACGGAGGGAGGAGGGAAGGAGAUGAACGAGAUUAAGACCCAAUUCACCACCCGGGAAGGUCUGUACAAGCUGCUGCCGCACUCGGAGUACAGCCGGCCCAACCGGGUGCCCUUCAACUCGCAGGGCUCUAACCCUGUCCGCGUCUCCUUCGUAAACCUCAACGACCAGUCUGGUAACGGCGACCGCCUCUGCUUCAAUGUGGGCCGGGAGCUCUACUUCUAUAUCUACAAGGGGGUCCGCAAGGCUGCUGACUUGAGUAAACCAAUAGAUAAAAGGAUAUACAAAGGAACACAGCCUACUUGUCAUGACUUCAACCACCUAACAGCCACAGCGGAAAGUGUCUCUCUCCUAGUGGGCUUUUCCGCAGGCCAAGUCCAGCUUAUAGACCCAAUCAAAAAAGAAACUAGCAAACUAUUUAAUGAGGAAAGACUAAUAGACAAGUCACGAGUAACCUGUGUCAAAUGGGUUCCUGGUUCGGAAAGCCUUUUCCUAGUAGCCCACUCGAGUGGGAACAUGUACUUGUAUAAUGUGGAGCACACUUGUGGCACCACAGCCCCCCACUACCAGCUCCUGAAGCAGGGGGAGAGCUUUGCCGUGCACACUUGCAAGAGCAAAUCCACGAGGAACCCUCUCCUCAAAUGGACGGUGGGCGAGGGGGCCCUCAACGAGUUUGCUUUCUCCCCAGAUGGCAAGUUCUUGGCGUGUGUGAGCCAGGACGGCUUCCUGCGGGUGUUCAACUUUGACUCGGUGGAGCUGCACGGCACCAUGAAAAGCUACUUUGGAGGCUUGCUGUGCGUGUGCUGGAGCCCCGACGGCAAGUACAUCGUGACGGGCGGAGAGGACGACCUGGUGACCGUCUGGUCCUUUGGAGACUGCCGUGUGAUCGCGCGGGGCCACGGGCACAAGUCCUGGGUCAGCGUGGUGGCCUUUGACCCCUACACCACCAGCGUGGAAGAGAGCGACCCCAUGGAGUUCAGCGGCAGUGAUGAGGACUUCCAGGACCUUCUUCACUUCGGGAGAGACCGAGCAAACAGCACCCAGUCCCGGCUGUCCAAGCGGAACUCGACCGAGAGCCGGCCCGUCAGCGUCACGUAUCGGUUCGGCUCCGUGGGCCAGGACACACAGCUGUGCCUGUGGGACCUCACGGAAGACAUCCUCUUCCCCCACCAGCCCCUCUCGCGUGCGCGGACACACACGAACGUCAUGAACGCCACCAGCCCCCCUGCGGGCAGCACCGGGAACAGCGUGCCCACGCCGGGCAGCGCCGCGCCCCCCCCGCUGCCGCGGUCCAACAGCCUCCCGCACGCCGCCGUCUCCAGCGCUGGCAGCAAGGGCAGCGUGGCGGAUGGCGCCAUCGCCGCCGGGGUCAGCAAGUUCGCCACGCUCUCGCUGCACGACCGGAAGGACAGGCACCACGAGAAGGACCACAAGCGGAACCACAGCAUGGGACACAUCUCCAGCAAGAGCAGCGACAAGCUGAACCUCGUCACUAAGAGCAGGGCGGACCCCGCCAAGACGCUGGGGACGCCCCUGUGCCCCCGCAUGGAAGACGUGCCCUUGUUGGAGCCGCUCGUCUGUAAAAAGAUAGCACAUGAGAGGCUGACUGUGCUAGUUUUCCUUGCAGACUGUGUCGUCACCGCGUGCCAGGAAGGGUUCGUCUGCACGUGGGGAAGGCCUGGUGAAGCGGGUUUACUGUCAGCCCCAAACCAGGCCACUUCUCCAGGUGGAACUGUAGUGUAG